CAUGUGCUUUCUUUUCACUUCCGGCACAUUGACGGCGCAAUGGCUGAAAACUGGGAUGAACCUGCUCCAGUAGUGGAAUUGCCAGAGAUCAAACUCUUUGGUAAAUGGUCAUCAGAUGAUGUCCAAGUCAGUGACAUCAGUUUAACAGAUUAUAUUGCUGUCAAAGAGAAGUAUGCGAAAUAUUUGCCCCACUCUGCGGGACGAUACCAAGUUAAGAGAUUCAGAAAAUCUCAGUGCCCAAUUGUUGAACGCCUGACAUGUUCACUCAUGAUGCAUGGAAGGAACAAUGGAAAGAAACUAUUGACAGCUCGUAUUGUCAAACACGCCUUCGAAAUCAUCCACUUACUCACAGGAGAGAACCCCCUGCAAGUGUUGGUGAAUGCCAUCAUUAACAGCGGUCCUCGUGAAGACUCCACACGUAUUGGUCGUGCUGGUACUGUCCGACGUCAGGCCGUGGAUGUGUCACCACUCCGACGUGUGAACCAGGCCAUCUGGCUUCUGUGUACCGGGGCUCGCGAGGCCUCGUUCAGGAACAUCAAGACCAUUGCUGAGUGCCUGGCUGAUGAACUGAUCAAUGCUGCUAAGGGUUCAUCAAACUCCCACGCUAUUAAGAAGAAGGAUGAACUGGAACGUGUUGCCAAGUCCAACAGAUAAACUGUAUUUUGUGCUUUCAGUGAACUAAAAAUAAAACUGUCAGGCAUAUUA